AGAUAAGUUUAUUCUAGAACUGAGAAGUUCGACAUAAGGAGAAGAAGAGGCCAAGCAAAGGUAAUAAGAACCCUCCUGACAGAUGCCGGUGCAGUUCUGAUGAUUCUAUACAAAGGCCCCAUCUUCGAUCUAGUCUUUUACUCCAAAGCUCGAGAGAAACAAAGCAAUUCUACUAACUCCAUUGGGCAAGGCAAAGACAGCUCCAAGUGGGAUGAAAGGCACAUUUAUGAUUAUAGGGAGCAGCACCAGCUGGUCGGCCUUCUUAAUCCUACAAUCAAACACAUUGGAAUUAUAUCCAGCUGAACUUACCCUUACUGCUUUGAUCUGCUCAAUGGGUGCGGUGAUGAGUACUACGGUUGCAUUAGUGGCAAAUCAUGCAAGUAGCAAGCCAUGGAUUAUUGUUUUGGAUAAGCGGCUUCUUGCCCCAAUCUACACUGGGGUGCUAUGCACUGGAGUUGCUUAUUAUGUGCAAGGGAUAGUGAAGAAGGAGAGGGGUCCAGUGUUUGCAAGUGCUUUUCGCCCUCUUGUCAUGAUUAUGACAGCCAUUAUGGGCUCCUUUAUUCUGGCAGAGAAGUUAUCUCUAGGAAUGUAAGCAUUAAUGAAUUAUGAAUAAGAUGUUAUAAUUCUUUU